AACUUCUGCUUAAUAUCUGAAGAAUUCCAAAGGUUCCGCGUUGCUUGCGAGAUGUUUGAUCUUUUGUUCUUCGUGCUGGUGGCGCACACCGCUUAUGGAGACGUGAGCUAUUCUUUCCCGGAGGAGAUGAAACGCGGAUUUGUGAUUGGAAAUAUAGCAAAGGAUCUCGGACUCGAUGUGAACAGACUGUCAUCUCGAAAAGCUCGAAUUGAUACUGAAGGUAACAGAAAACAAUACUGUGACAUUAAUUUGAAUACUGGAGAACUGAUCGUAGCGGAGAGAAUCGAUAGAGAGGGGCUUUGUGGAAAGAAAGCUUCAUGUGUCGUAAACCAUGAGCUUGUCCUUGAAAGCCCUCUAGAACUGCAUCGCUUCAUUCUAAAUAUUGAAGACAUAAAUGAUAAUUCACCACAGUUCACAGAGAGUGUCGUUAAAUUCGAAAUACGAGAAUCAGCAGUCAAAGGAUCUCGCUACUUAUUAGAUGAGGCCCAUGAUGCCGAUAUUGCUCGGAAUUCUGUGCAAUCAUAUACACUUCAAGAUAAUGAACACUUUAUUCUUAAUGUACUAACCAGGGAAAAUGGAAGAAAAUAUGGCGAGCUCGUGCUGAAUAAAGAGUUAGAUCGUGAGCAGCAGAAAGAGGUAACAUUAAUUCUCACUGCGGUAGACGGCGGGACUCCACCGAGAUCAGGUACUGUAGCCAUACACGUCUCUGUGCUGGAUGCUAAUGAUAAUGCUCCAGUCUUUAGUCAGGCCGUCUAUAAAGUCAGUCUGCCUGAAAAUUCUCCUCUAGAUACUGUAGUGGUGACAGUGAGCGCUACUGAUGCUGACGAGGGACAAAAUGGAGAAGUGACUUAUGCAUUUAGUCAUUUAUCCGAAAUUGUCCGGCAAUUGUUUUUCCUUGAUACAGUGUCAGGAGAGAUUAAACUAAAGGGACUAGUGGAUUUUGAGGAGGAGAGUUCAGUCGAACUGCCGAUUCAAGCUAAAGAUGGUCAAGGGCUAGCUAGUCAUUGUACAGUAAUAUUAUAUGUUAUUGAUAUCAAUGAUAACCCUCCUAUAAUAGUGAUUCAUUCCCUUAACAGUCCUAUUCCCGAGAAUGCGUUACCCGGUACAGAGGUUGGCAUCAUUAAUGUCCAGGACAGAGACUCUGAUAAUAACGGACAGGUGCGCUGCUCCAUUCAGCAAAACGUCCCAUUUAAACUCGUACCUUCAGUCAAGAAAUAUUAUUCUCUGGUGACCACAGGCGAAUUAGACCGCGAGCUGCUCUCUGAUUAUAAUAUUACAAUUACUGCUACUGAUGAGGGCUCUCCGCCUUUAUCUUCCACUAAGAAUAUUCACCUGACUGUAGCUGACGUGAAUGAUAAUCCACCUGUAUUUCAGGAGCAGAGUUACAGAGCUCAUGUGCAAGAAAAUAACAAACCGGGCUCCUCUAUCUGUUCAGUAUCAGCUACAGACCAGGACUGGAGACAGAAUGGCACUGUAGUUUAUUCUCUGUUGUCCUCUGAUCUCAGUGGUGCACCGAUGUCCUCCUUCCUAUCCAUUAACGGAGACACCGGGGUCAUUCAUGCCGUGAGGAGCCAUUCCCAGCGCGUAUCUUCCUCCAAAUUACGCAGAGGUGGAGGGCGCGGGAACUCUCCGCAGCACUUACAAUUAUGA